AUGACGCAUUCACGCAGACUUUUAUCUGACAAGAGGAUCGCGACUGACGCAUCAGUUUCAUUCCGACUGUAAACAACUAACACCGACGAAAGUUAUUAUGCCUCGACUAAUAACUUAUGAUCACGUUAAUACCGAAGCACAGCAGCCUCUGAUCUGAGAUCAUCAGCAGUUAAAGAGGUUUAAUCCAGAAUGCUGGAGACCGUGACUCAUGGGGGAAGUCUGCUCCAUUCUGCCAACACCAGUGUGUUUCCCACCACGGACAACAGCUCUGAGUUCAUCCCUGACCAUGAGAGCAACAUCACCAAACCACACAGAUGCCUGCAGAUCCUGUACGACGACAUCGGACACUCCAGGGUUCGUUACUGGGACGUGAUGCUGCUCGUCCCAAACGUGGCUUUCCUCAUCUUCCUGAUGUGGAAGCUUCCCUCUGCUCGCGCUAAGAUCCGUCUGACCUCCAGCCCCAUAUUCGUGGCCUUUUAUAUCCUGGUGUUCGUGGUGGCUGCUGUAGGAAUCACACGUGUCGUCGUCUUCUUGAUGGUCGUCAGAUCAUGCGGCGCCGCAAUAAUAGUUGAUGAGGUGCUUUGGGAAAUUACACGCUUCUUUUUAUUGGCCAUUGAGCUCAGCGUCAUCAUACUCGGACUGGCUUUUGGCCAUCUGGAGAGCAAGUCCAGCGUCAAGCGUGUGUUGGCCAUCACUGCGGUGCUGUCUCUGGCCUACUCCAUCACACAGGGGACUCUAGAGAUUCGUUUCCCCGACAAACAUCUCUCCGCCAAAGACUUCAACAUCUACGGUCACGGCGGGCGGCAUUUCUGGUUGGCCAGUUCCUGUUUCUUUUUCCUGGUGUAUUCCCUGAUAGUCAUCCUACCUAAAACUCCGGUCAGAGAGCGGAUCUCGUUGCCAUCGAAGAGGAGUUUUUACGUGUACGCUGCCAUCCUGUCGCUGCUGAAUCUGGUUCAGGGUUUGGGAAGCGCGCUGCUGUGUGCCGACAUCAUCGAAGGCCUGUGCUGUGUGGAUGUGACCACAUUCCUCUACUUUUCCGUCUUUGCUCCUCUGAUCUAUGUGACGUUCCUCAAAGGAUUCUUCGGCUCCGAGCCCAAAAUCCUCUUUUCCUACAAGUCACAAAUCGAUGAGCCGGAAGACUCGGACGUGCACCUUCCCAACACCUCGUCCUCGGGCCUGGGCCGGAAGGAUCUGGAUCACGGCUCGUACUCCAGCACGCAGAUCGACGGCUCCGGGGCGUACCUGGACGACGUGGUGUCGGGGCCCUACAGCGGAGCACACAGCAUCAACAGCAUCGACAGCGACCGCUGGAGGGCCCUCAACGCCUGAACACAGCCCAGCUCUCACCCUCUGAGUUCAGUCUGUCAGGGCUGCCUCCAUUCAGAAACGGUUGUCACCGUCAGUGCUGAUAUUUAAGAUCAGUUUCAUGUGUAUUCCAACAUUCCUUGUUAAACACCAGAGCUCUUAAUUCUAGAUUUGUGCACUCGGAGCUGCACCGAGGGCGGGUUUAUUGUGUAAUCCAAUAGAUUUCUGCUGAAACCAGAAUCGAUGGCUGUUAGCUUAUCUCUAGGUGAUUUCAGACGAGUUAUGCUACUGAAAUGUUUGCUUGUAUUUCGAUGCUCGUGUUUAUUUUGCACUGAUUUUGGCUCGUUUGCUUUGCUAGUUUGAAAGCUUAAGGACCCUGGAAUCUACUUUGACCGUGUUUAUAUAUGCUUCAUAUGGACCGAGCGUGCAUCUAGACGUUUAUUUCUCAGUGCUAUAAAAUGUGUUCUUUGGAUUUUUAUUUAUUUUUAGUUAUCUGAUGGAUUUUAGACUUGGGCUCAGUUCUUAAAGUGAAAGCUUGUAUUGUGAUCUUGACCUUUGUCCAUCUUUCGUAUUGAUGAUGAAAAUGGAACCGGCUCAAGUCGGGUUUGUCAUAAUAAUAUCAUUCCAUGUGGGAGAAAGUGAAGAAAAAGGACCAAACUGGGAAAAAGCAUUUGACCCGCUUUGUUUUAUUUGAUGUUGAAGUUAAUUACAACACAGCUUUUUUGGUGCACAGAGAAAAAGAAAAAUCGAUUAAAUUUGGCCUGAGUAAAA